CCUGCUUCAGAAGGACCUUGUGUCAACUAUCUCACUUUGUAUCGAGACAACAAACUGAUGAGAAAUGCAGUGGCUAUCAUUGUUGAUAUGCUGCGGAUUCGUCCUAGCGAUCACUGAUGGAACCGUGUUCUUGGAACGAGGCCACCGAGGGAUCGUGCCCUGUCCUUUAGUCCAAUCUCGCCAAAUCUCGCCUAAAGACAUUGUUGCGAUGUACUGGCACUAUGGCUCAAUGAGCGACACAGCCCUGCUCAUCUCGUAUUUCCUUGAACGAGCGGCUCCCCAAAACGGGAUCCCAGAGGGCGUCUAUGAUAUCGACGAUGAGUUCAAUCUCAUCAUUGAGAACGUCACCGCCUCCAAUGAGGGAACCUACUUCUUUAAGUUGAAACCACACUUGAAAAUGUUGCAAGCAGGAAAGGUUGAAGUUUGUGACAAGGGUAAAUGAUUAUUAUGAUUGUCACUUAAAACUUAA